AUGUCGGAAAUCGACUCGCGGCCUGCGCCAUCGCGCGGCAGGAGUUCAACCAGAGGGGGCAGGGGUGGCUUUGGCAGAGGUGGACCUCGCGGCGGUAGAAAGCCUACCAAUGGCACCGGUGCAGAAACAGCACAAAUGGACGACCUACUGGAGGAUCAGGGCGAGCUCGGCGAGAUGAAGAAGAAGUACUCCUCAGAACUGCCCAUGCUCAAGGACAUGUUCCCGGACUGGACCGAUGUUGACCUGGUAUUCGCUCUUGAGGAGGCCAAUGGUGAUGUCGGAGCUACUGCCGAGAAGAUCUCAGAGGGCUACGUAUCUCAAUUUGCUGAGGUCAAGAAGAACAAGGACCGGGCUCGCUCAAAAGCCAAGGACGAGCCAGCCAUGGCAGGUGCGACCGACAAGUCUGGUCUGCGUGGUGGACGAGGCCGAGGCGGCUUCGAUAGUGCUCGUGGUGGACGCGGCAGAGGCUCUGAUCGUGGCCGGGGCGGCACUCGUGGUGGGAGAGGUGGUCACGCGACCACGAAUGGCACGUUGAAAGACAGUGCGGCAACUUCCGUACCAACUCAGGAUUCGACUGCGUGGGAUAAUACGACUACUGCAGAAGCUGCGAACGGUGGAUGGGACACGCCGGCUGCAGAUACUACCAAAGAGGCUCCCGCCAGCACUGAGCAGCAAGGUUCGUGGGGUAGUACAGCUCCAGCGGAGAGCACGAUCGCUUCAGCUGUGGAGACUGCGAAGAGUAGUCUGAUUCCAGAGGGUGUGAAGAAGAGCUGGGCAAGCAUGUUCUCGAAGCCUGACCCUCCGCCUGCACCUGCACUGCCCAAGCAGGCCCCAGCUUCUGCGCAGCCUGCUCCUAUUGAGGAGUUCGCUUCUAGCGAGGUUCCGCCUGCGGAGGAGAAGGCAUUGGACAUUGAUAAGCAUGUUGUCGAAGAGCCGAUCACAUUGCCAUCCACCAUCGAGGAGCCACAGGCGGAUGCAUUCGCGGAGCCAUCUCCCGUACCUGCACAUUCAAUCGAUGGUGACGAUCUGGCAAUCACACCCUCAAAGGACCCGUUGACCGAGGAGAACGUCGAGCAUCUUCCUGAUCAGUCCAACCCACCCGCGACCCAGACUGUUGCCAGCACUGUCGGCUCAGUCGAGACCCGCAAUCUUACUCCACUUCCAGGCCAGCUUCCGGCGCCCAUUGGUACUAGUCGUCCUCCGAUGGGUGGCUAUGCUGCGAGCGCGUACCGAGCAACGGGCCAAGCAAACAGGAGUGCAAGCUAUCAGAGGCGUGUACAGGAGCAGCAGGAGGCAGUGGUUAUGCCUGGCCACAAUGCAGUAGACAGGGCAGCUGUGCAGUUCGGUAGCAUGGGUUUGAGCGGAGAACCAGGUCUAGAUGUGGACGAGGAAAGGGAGGAGCCCGAGACGCAACAAGCGCUUCAGCACUCACCACCUUCGCAACCAAGGACUUCUCUGCCACCAGCACCUCGCCAGGCACAAGAGCCAACGCGUCCGGAAGGCCUGCCAACACCCAAGCAAGCUCCAGGGCUGCCACCAGCAUCUGAGCACAAUCAACAGCAGAUGCAGAAUGCCACGAUGGCACCAGGCUUGACACAAGAUCAAGCCCAGAUGAAUCCCAACUAUGCGCAGUAUGGUCGCUACCCUCAACAAAGUCUGCAGCAGGACAACAGCUCCCAGCAGCAGCAGAAGCCGUAUGAUCCUUUCAGCCAGCAAAUUCAGCAGCAGUAUGAUCAUUACGGGACCCACCAAGCUCAUCAGCAACAACAGCAGUCCCAACAGCCCAGCCACGCCGGUUUCGGCGGGCUCUCUUCAGCACCAAACGAGUAUCAGUCGUACUACACCUCCAACGAGCAGCAGCGCAAUGCAUACAACCAAUACUACGGUGGCGGCUAUGGACAGCAGGAUGGAGGUAGGGCCCAACAGCUCCAGCACGAGGCUGGCCUGGCACAACACCGCUCUGCCAGUGGCUUUGGUACAGGACCGAACGAGUCCGCUUACGGCGCACAAGCGCAACAACAGGUUAGUAUUCCUACUUCUUUACGCGCGUUGCGACAAAGUUCGCAUCCUUCAGAUUGCGAUUCAAUCGAUUCAGCGGCGAUUCAGAGUAUCGGCAAGUCACAAUACAGCAUUUUGCCUGGAGCACAGCAAAUGCAGCCACGCACUUCAGCGAUACAUCCUGAUCUGCAAGUCGAAGUGUCUCGUCUCGUACAGUCACAAUCGCAGCCAAAUCUCGGGACGCUCGAAACCCUGCACACUGAUCUCGAUGACCCUGACCGCCAAGCCCCUGCAGUGCUUUCAUCUCCCAUCCCUACAACUCAGUCACGCUACGGUGAGACACCAGGCUCCGGCCACAACACACCCAACCCACACCUCAGCGCUGGUCAACCUCAGCAGCAGCUCGGCGGAAAUGCCUCGCAACAGGCACAGCAGCAGCAGAUGCAUCAAGCCCAAGGCGGUCAUCCGCAACAGCAGCAGCCGAGUGGCUAUGGAGCGAAUGCAGGCUACCCGUACGGUCACCCUUACUAUCAGAGCCCGUACCAAACAGCUUACCAGAAUCAAUUCGGCAGUCAAUAUGGUGGCGGUUACGGCGGCGGUCAGUCCGGCGGCUAUCCCUCAGGUAACAAGCAGCAGCAGCAACAAGGCGGCAUGUACGGCGCACCAAGUGGGUACGGCGGUAUGGGCGCCCACUCGUCUUACGAUCAGCACUCCUCUUCGCCAGCCAACGCGGGUGCCUUCGGCCAAAACCAGCAGAGCUCCAUGCGUAGCGCUAGCGGCAUGAGCUCGGGUCUUGGCGGCAAUCUGGACGAUUACAGUCGCUCUGCUAUGCAGACUUCCCAGCAGAACAGCGGCUUCGGUGGGCUUAAUGAUCCCUUCGCACGCUCGACUUCCGGUUUCGGUGCCCAGGGCGGCUAUGGACAGCAGAGCAUGGGCGGCCAAGCAGAAGACACGCUCAAACCCUACAACGAUACCAAGAGUGGGCCGUCGCCUGCUUUGGGUCAACCGGGACGUCCUGGCUCCGCGGCUAAUAGUGCUGGUUCCGCGCAGCAGCAGCAGCAGCAGCAGCAGUCCGGUCUCCAGCAUCAGCAGAGCCAGCAGUCUGGUUUCGGCGGAUACGGCGGUUUCCCAUCUCAGGCUGGUGGGCAGUACGGUGGUCUCGGUGGCUUGGGCUCUCAUCAGCAGCAGCAGCAGGGUCAGCAGCAGAGCCAGGGGAUGGGCGGACAGGGCGGGUAUGCUCAGUACGGCGCUGGUGGAUUCGGGCAGACGUAUGGGAAUUAUGGAUCUCGCGGGGGAUGGGGAUCGAAUUACGGCGCUCAUUAG